AUGGGCGGCAGCAUUAUCUGCAAGGACACCAUCUUGUGCCAUGAACGUCUGAGUAUCGUGGGCGUCGAGAGCGGUGCCCAGCCCUUGACCAACGCCGAUGACAGCAUCAUCCUCGCCGUCAAUGGCGAGAUCUACAACCACAGGUUAAUCCGAAAAACCCUCAAGACACCAUAUCACUUCAAGACGCACUCCGACUGCGAGGUCGUCAUUCCUCUGUACAUGGAAUAUGGCCUCGACGCCCCCAAGUACCUCGAUGGCAUGUUCUCGUUCGUGCUGUACGACAAGAAGCUCGACCGCACGAUAGCUGCCCGCGACCCUAUCGGCAUUACCACACUGUACCAGGGCUGGUCGUCGAAGGAGCCCGGCACGGUCUACUUCGGCUCUGAGCUCAAGUGCCUGCACCCAGUAUGUGACAAGGUCGAGGCCUUCCCCCCCGGGCAUAUCUACGACAGCCAGACCGGCAAGACGACGAGAUACUUCGAGCCAAACUGGUGGGACGGCUCGAAGGUGCCACAGAAGCCUGUGGACCUGAAGCUGCUGCGUGAGAGCCUGGAGAAGUCGGUCCGAAAACGACUCAUGGCUGAGGUCCCAUACGGUGUUCUCCUGUCAGGAGGUCUGGACUCGAGUCUUGUCGCAUCAAUUGCACAGCGCGAGACGAUACGCCUCAAGAAGGCUGCUCUGGAGGCCAACGGCGGCGCGGAGCCCCAGUCUGGAGACGAGGACAAGGGCGAGGGGCUUGUGGGUAUCGACGACGAGAACAAGUUGUCGACCGUCACGUACCUGCCUCAGCUCAACUCCUUCUCCAUCGGUCUGCCAGGCUCGCCUGACAACGAGGCGGCCCUCAAGGUGGCCAAGUUCCUUGGAACAAAACAUCACGUCAUGACGUUCACCAUUGAGGAUGGUCUCAACGCAUUGUCGGAUGUCAUCUAUCAUCUCGAGACUUACGAUGUGACGACCAUCCGCGCAUCGACACCCAUGUACCUCUUGUCCCGCAAGAUCAAGGCCAUGGGCAUCAAGAUGGUGCUCAGUGGAGAGGGCAGCGACGAGAUCUUUGGUGGUUACCUGUAUUUCGGACACGCCCCCGACAAGGAGUCCUUCCACGACGAGUGUGUCCGCCGUGUCAAGGCUCUGCAUCUGGCCGACUGUCUCCGGGCCAACAAGUCCACCUCGGCGUGGGGUCUUGAGGCGCGAGUGCCAUUCCUGGACAAGGAGUUCCUCGAGACCUCCAUGGCCAUUGACCCCGCGGACAAGAUGAUCACCAAGGAUCGCAUGGAGAAGUACAUCCUGCGCAAGGCUUUCGACACAUCUGCCGAGCCCGACAACGAGCCAUACCUCCCCGACGAGAUCCUCUGGCGGCAGAAGGAGCAGUUCUCCGACGGUGUGGGCUACGGGUGGAUUGACGCGCUCAAGGACAACGCUGAGCUGCAUGUCACGGAUGAGAUGAUGAAGAACCCCAAGCCUGAGUGGGGCAGUGACAUCCCCGACACGAAGGAGGCCUACUGGUACCGCUGCAUGUUCGACGAGCACUUCCCCCCAAGCUGCGCGUCGACCGUGAUGCGGUGGGUGCCGAAGUGGGUGAAGCAGACUGAUCCCAGUGGACGUGCGAUUGCUUCUCAUCAGCAGAAGUACGACCAUGUUGAGUAA